ACUUUACCGGACUGGUUUCGAGAGGACUGCGCCCGGAGUGCAACGUCUCCGUUAAUAAGCUCGUGUGUGUUAUAACUCAUUUAAACAUCGAUUAGUAGUCCUCAAUUGCGUUCAGUAUAGGCUACAUCGAGUUUGUUGACGAGGACAAUACAUAUCCGCUUCGGUUGUCGGACCUGCGGAAAACUCCUCAACUCCAGACCGGUAACACACCUUGAUCAAGUCUGUCUGGUUUAAUAUUAAAAUAUUUCACUAUAAUCUAAUCAAAGUGUUUGGCGGUUUGAUAGUGACAAUGUCGCCGUGAGACAAUAUGAUCAUGUGACGGUAUGUCAGGCUGUCGUGAUUAUGUUUGAGAUAAUUACACUUCCUCUCUAACUUUCAAACACACACACACACACACACACACACACACACACACACACACACACACACACACACACACACACACACACACACACACACAUCGGUCAAACCACUUGCAACAUGCACAUAUUGGCUAAGGGGUUAAUACAAAACAAAUCCCCAAAUAGAUCCUAGAAUCCCAUCCAGUAUAAUCAACAUUCUAUAUCUGUGAGGAUAAAGAAGAGCUCCCAUGUUGUAUCACAUUGGGUGUCAGGCCACACGGACGUUGGAGUGAAGCUGUCUUGCGUCUCUUUUUUAGCACAAACAAUGGAAUUCCAGAGACUCCUCUUAGAUGUGGGGAAGGCCCUGAAUAAGGACGAGGUCAAAGCUUUAGCAUUUCUUUGCACUGAAAUCCUGAACCAAAACCUGACCUCCGUGGAGUCGGCCGGUGACCUCUUCUCUCGUCUGGGGGAUCAAGACCGCCUCUCCGCCGAGCGCCCGUACCUGCUGACUGAACUUCUCCUCAUCAUCCAACGCCGCCGGCUGAUACGUGACCUCGGGCUCUCUGACGGAGCAUCUACCACCAGGAGCCUCAUCUCACCUUACAGGAAGCUGCUCUACAACCUGUCUGAGAAGAUGACUGAUGAGGACUUGAAGAAUGUGAAGUUCUUGUUAAACAGGGAUCUUCCACGUAGAAAACUGGAGGGAAAUUCUACACUGGAAGUCUUCCUGGAGAUGGAGCGCAUGGCACUCAUCAGUGACACUAAUCUAAAUUUACUGGAGGAGAUAUUUCACUCAGUCUGUCCCAUGUUGAACAACAAGAUCAGCCGGUUUAAAGAACUGCAGGAACCUCACACCGGUCCUGGAGUUCAAGAAACAACUCGACAGAGGUCGAAGUCGUGCCCUCUGGAACCAGACCAGGUCCCUCAAUCUUUAAAUCUGGAGAGGACUGCCUCGUGUGAACUGCCAGAAAAAUGUGCACCAUUGGCUGAGUACAAUAUGAAUACUUCCAACAUCUCUAACGGUGAGUCUUGUGUUGUGUUAGUUGUGUUUCAAUUGAGACCUUUUUGGAUUUACUCUGUAUCCUCUUGCUUUUUAGAUUUGCUGAAUGUGUCGCAUGGUGGAGACGACUGCGUGGCCCUGUCGCGUGAACUGAGUGGUUUGAACACUGACACGAGCCUCUGUGACUCCUUGGAAGUGAAUGUAGAUGCUCAAGAAAACAAGGCCUCUGAAACACAGACGUCUCAGACUACAAACACGAACAAUGAGGCUUUGGGAAUAUAUCCGAUGACUGCACAAAAGAGAGGCAUUUGCUUGAUAGUAAACAACCACAACUUCAAUCCACUAACUUCUCUCCAAAAACGGGAAGGGACCCUCCUCGAUGAAGAGUCUCUGCGCAGCGUGUUUGCGUGGCUCGGCUUUGUCGUAGAGAUAAAGACGGACUGUACGUCGACGGAGAUGUUGUCUGCGUUGCGGGAGCUCGGCAGCAGAAACCAUAGUCUGAUGGACUGUGUGGUAUGCUGCAUUCUCAGCCACGGCAAGGAUGGGGGGGUGUACGGCGUGGACGGCUCCCUCGUUGCGAUUAAGGAUCUGAAGAAACCUUUCAAUGGGUCAAAUUGCGCCUCUUUGGUAGACAAACCAAAGCUGUUUUUUAUCCAGGCCUGCCAGGGCACCGGCCAGCAGAAGGCUGUCACCAUUUGUGCUGAUGGUCCUGCAUGCAGCGAUGAUUUUAUAGAAGAUGAUUCCAUCCCAUCAGAUGCAGAUUUCCUGCUGGCAAUGGCCACCGUUCCGUCUUUUGUCUCUUGGAGAGACAAGAAAAACGGCUCAUGGUUUAUUCAGUCAGUGUGCCAAAACCUUCUCCAGAUGGUGCCAAGGGGUUGUGAUCUUGUGUCCAUCCUGACCAAAGUAAAUGCAGAUGUUAGCCAGAAGACUGAUUCUGCCGGAGAAAGAACGCCGAUGCCUCAACCAGCGUUCUCUCUGAGGAAGAAAGUGGUCUUUCCGAUCCCUGAAGCCCCUCCUCCCAGCCUGCUGCACUGACGACAACAAUCAGAUGAUCCAUGAGAGUGUUUUUGUCUUACAUUACCAUGUUCACAAUUAUAAUUCAGCUGUUAUAUCGCAGAAUUUUCAUAACAAUACCUGAGCCAGCUGCAUUUCUAAUGCAUUUUGAAUUUAGACAUUUUUCAAAAAUUUACAACGGGAACACACACGUUCAACUCUCCUCCUCUAUUUACAGUUUUAAUGUUGAACUUCAAUGAAUUGUUUGAGCUAAUCAUUCACAUUGAUCCGGAUGUAUGUGCAACAACCAACUUCAUUAUUUCUAUUUUAUUUUUAAUUUAAUUUGAGACAUGAAUGUGAUGCUAUUAGUGUUACCAUUUAUAGAAAAUAUCAUUGUAUAAAAACAGGUGUCACACAUCAAAAAUCCAUGUAAUCUUACAAAGUAAAAUACAUACAUGUUCUAGCAAUGAUGCAAUAAAUUAUAUACACACACUGCCA